UUUUGUCCUGGGAAAAACCGGAACCGGUGAUUUCAAAAAGGAACAAUUUGUCAUUUGUUUAUUGUUUUGUUUAGUGAAUUCUACUUAUUAUUUCUAUAAGUUUAUCCGACUUCUUACUUCAAAGAAGUAAAAUGAAAAUGAAGUGCACUUGGUUACCUUAAAUGUUUCUAAUAAUUUGUGUGGCAGUGGUGACAUUGUAUUUAUAUUUAGUUGCUAACGAUUCUCCACACCAGAAAUCAAGAUAUACAAUGGAGACAGAAGACUGCCCAAGUGAAACGGUGCCUUCGUUACUAGUAGAUAGUGCAAUACUAUCGUCGACAUUGAAUACUACCAGGUUGCAGUGGAAUUCUUACUGUAUAGGUGAUGAAGUAUUUUAUGAACUGCCUGAAAACAAUUUACACAACGAUUAUGUACAGUUCGAAAUGCGUGCAUGGAGGAGAAGUAAUAUAGAGGAAAACUUAUUUGUCGGGAAAUUAAGCAACGAACAACAGUAUGUUUGGACUCCAGAUGGAUCGUCAGAUGACGAGUCAGAAAAUGGCGAAGGAUUUAUGGACAUACAUGUCAAGGAUUUUCCCAAUGGAGUUAUUGUUAAUUCCAACGUAUAUCUCACUUUACACCAAUGGCACACCCUUAUACCUGGUGACGUCUAUAUCCACUGCUUUGUAUGUGAUGACUAUUUUAGUAAGAUUUCCCUCAAUAGUCAUAUAAAAAGUAAUGAUCAUAAACAAGCAUUGAACAGCUGCAAGCCACUCGUGAAAUACGAAUUGAGCAUUACUAGGGAGAUACGUAACAAAUAUCACUGCGGCACAUGUAACAUGAUUGUCGAAAAAGUCGACCAGACCCUCCACUACGAAUCCGAAUCGCACGAAAACAAUAUGCUGACUGCAAUAAAUAAAGUCUCCGACUUCGUGAAUGAUGAUGAUGAUAUCGAAAAAGACAGUGAUGAAAGUGCAGAUGAACAUGAUGACGGUAGCGAUUUUGACGCUGACGACGAAAACUGUGAUAAUGAAUGGGUGAAAGCGCUCGCUGAAAAUCCUGGUGCGUCUUACGCGAAUAAACUUAAGAAAAGCUACAACGCUCCGGAAUAUUAUGAUGUGGAUUUGGGCGGUAAAAGAGUUAGAGUUACACACGACUGUUGGCAUAUGAUAAUUAAACCAAAGGAAAACAGCUUCUAUUGCAUGGUGUGUAAGGAGUACUAUCGUAGCACGUUAAAAAACGAACACUGCGCCAACGCUGAGCAUUUAGACAAACUGAAGAGGUGCUCCAUAGUUGACAGGUUCGGAGAAUAUUUCAUCAGGCAGGUCGACGAAUUUUAUCAUUGCGGUCGCUGCAACAGUUUGCAAUUGAAAGGUAACAUAGAAGAACACUUAGAGUAUAGACACAAUCGGAAACCGAGAAAGGUUUCCGAAACAACUUUCGCACCACCCGAAACAAAUUCCGAAAGUUCAGGCAAAGAAACGAAAAAUAUAAGUCACGCGACAAAAGCAAUAACUGACACAGCACCUGGCCCAAGCACAAGCAAAAUGGCCGUAUUAAAUGGCCCUCACUUAUACAAAGAUGUUCUAGUGAAUUACUUUGAUUUGAGAAUAUUUCUACCGUUUCUCAAUUACCAUGUCAUCUUAAAAAACUUUAAUCUUUUGGGUUUAAAUUAUUGCUGCGCUCUGUGCGACUUUUUUUGCAACGAACGUUGUAUACCUGCGCACACGCAGACCGUUCAACACAUUCAACGCCUUCAGCAGUCACCAUUCAUUCUUCCAUAUAGUUUAAACAUGAUUAGAUAUAUAAACGGUGCAUUCCAUUGUGCUUUAUGCAACGUAUUUGUAUUGAACAACUUAAUUUAUAUUCACAUACAAGACCCUUAUCAUAUUCAAAUGAUGAAUAAAAUAUUAAAUACUCCGAACAAUACUACUGUUUGCGUGGCUAGCAUAAAUAAGAAUGUAAAUGAUAAAACUUUAGGUAAAGACCAAACGAAGCCCGAUUUAGUGAGUAAAACUAAAGAGUUACAUACACAAAAAACUCCAGAAGAUAAAUACAAAAAAGAAGAGAUUGUUGAUGUAGAAGAAAAUAAAGCAGAAAACUUGAAUGUGUGCAGUGAUAGUUCAGAAUCCGUUGUUUGUUUAGAGAGUGCUGUUUAUUUGAAGAAAGAGUUAAACACACAAAAAACUACAGAAGCUAAAUACAAAAAAGAAAAGAUUGUGGAUGUAGAAGAAAAUAAAGCAGACAAUUUUAAUGUGAGCUGUGAUAGUUUAGAAUCCGUGGUUGAUUUAGAGAGUGCUGUUUAUUUGAAACUUAAUAGUGCUUAUUUGAAAAUCACUUUCACGUCUUUUAAUACAUUAGUGCCUAUAGGUGAUGGCAAUAGGCAUUGCUUCGUUUGCAACGCCAAAGUGGACCCUCAAAGUAUCAAGAAACAUGUGGAAAGUCGCAUUCAUGUGAAAAAUAUAAAUGAAUGCUAUUUCUUGGAUAUGUGCGAAGGAGUGCCUUUGAGACAGGUAUACACAACUUUUCACUGCGGCAUAUGCAACGCUCUAAUGCCACGUAGUAACAUCAAAGACCACUUGGUUUGGACCGAGCAUACGAUAAAAAUGGAGGCAACAAAAUUAUCAAAAAGAGUUAGGAAAAUCGAAAUCAAAAGCGGCACACCAGUCCACGAAGUUAAAAUCGCCAAAGAAAUAGCUUAUGAACACCACGAGGAGCCAGCAUCGAAAAUAUUGCGUUACAUUCAAAUAGUCGAUAAAGUAAACAUUGAGAAGAAAUACAAAAUGAUAAGUAUCAACGAGGAUAUACUCAAGGUGCCUAUGUCAAGUUGGCAUAGCGUGGUUAGAGUGAAACAGGGCUAUAGGUGUUCGAUGUGUCAGAAAGAGAUGAAAGACGAGAAAGCGCACGUGAAAACGCAAGAGCACCUUAAGCGUGUCCACUAUCCCUUCGUGAAGAAACACUUGGCUGAUUUAAUAAGAGAGGUUAACAAUAACAUUCUACAUUGCGUUAUAUGUAACGCAGAAGUUGCUAAUGUCAGUAACGUUAUAUUAACACACAUCGGCGGGAAGAAGCACAAGAAAAAAUAUAUAUUCAUUAAAGAAUUCAGCGCGAACACAAAUAGUUACUCAGAUUGUGAUAGUGAUUUUUUACAAUUGUGAAUUUGUAAUAAUUUCAGCGCCACUAACGGCGUCUCCAUCCUGAUUUUAUUUAGUGCUUAAAAAGUAUGUGUCGUCACAACAAAGUCGUCAAGAUAAACUAAGACCAUUUUUAAUCUUAAUUUUUAAGUAUUGCAUUCCAUUUUGACUAUUAAACCUGUAAAUGGGUUUAAUUAUGCCAUUAGACGUGUGUGAAAGUCAAUUACGUCUUAAAUUAGUAGAAUUAAAUCGAUUGAUAAAUUGAGAAUACAUAAACAUGAUUUGCUAGCAAUUAUUUUGCAUAUUUAAUUACUUGUGAUAGCUGUGUUCAUCAAAGGUGAUUAUGUACUAGAUAUAUUCUAGGUUAUUGUUUUUAUAAUUGAAAUUUGCUUAGAUUUACGAUAUUUUUAUAAUUGAAUAUAUAGGACCUUUAACUAUUAAAAUUAUGAAUAUGAAAACUAGAGAUGGGCCGACUAUAGUAUUUGCCGACUAACCGACUAGCCGACUAAUCGGUUUUCGAAUUGCCGACUAGUCGGCCGACUAUUCUGCAAUGCCGAUCAUUCUAAUACCUAUCUUAGGAAGAUGUUCGGAAGAUUUCGUCACUACUCGGCAUGCUCACGCACGACACGAGUCUCCCAAAACGAGCCAAAAUAUUCAUGUUCCAACAUCACAAUUUUCCUCUAAGGAAAAAAAUUUUUACCUAUGGACUUCUUUAAGACUCGCGCUAGCACUUAAGAUUUCACUUAAGUAAAACGUACUUACUUCCCACUACUAAUUUGUUAUGUACGAUAUUCAU